AUGCGCUUCAUGAACGGCCUCAACAGCAUCAUGAACUCGCUGAAACAUCCUCCUGGUCUGAAGGUCCUGGUGGAGACCCUUGGCUUCCAGCACCUGGACCUGGAAGUGACGGUGCCCCGGGUGGUGAUCUUUCGCGAUGCGAUCGUUGACCUCUUCGACAUGGAGUUGGGCCCCCGCUUCAACAGCAAAGCCAGAGGUGGCAUCGCUGCUGUUAUGAACUACGUCGGUGGAGCCUUCAUCUACAUUCGCAGAGAAUAUGCCGGGCGAAUUAAGAUCAUUGCGUCGAGCUGGAAAACCGCCAACAACAAGGCCGCAGACAUCCAGGCGCUCCAGCGCGCAGCAUCGCCUGACAGCGACGACCCGGGGCCCGGAGAUGAGGUGGAGAAGGAGCGACCAGGUGAGGCUGCGGCACCGCAAGAAGAGGGCGCAGCCGAGCCAGGGAAAGAGGGGGGCAACGCCGUGCCCGGCGUGCGUGCGAGUGGUGAGGCCGCACGGAUCCAGACGAACGUGCAAGUGCCGAAGACAUUCAACGAGAUGUUCCUUUUCAACAGUGCUGUGAUGGGCUUCGGGAACAGCUUGUGGAUGCAUCUGGUCCUCGAGCAGUUUGACAACAUGGUCAGCAACGUCGCAAACUCUUACCGGAUUCAGGAAGAGUGUGAUGUGCUCUCUCUGGUCCUCGCGCAGUACGAGGGGCCGAUCAUCUUGAUGGAGUUCAAAGCAGUGAUGCUGGCAUCUCUGCGCUCCCUCGUCCCUAAGGAUUGGGACUCCGCGCACGAAGUUGCAUGGAACUGGUUCUGGGAGAACGUGGAACACAUGCUGAAGGCACUCAUGGGAAAGCCCGCCGCGCAGCAGCACGCGUUGGACCAAUUCAUCCUGGGUCUCAACCAGGAGCAGCUCACCUUCCUGAGGCGCGACAUCUACAAGAGGUUUUUCACCCUCGCACCGGCCGGGCAGGACUACUUCAAGCAGUCGACUACCAGGCUCUACUGGAUUGCAGACAAGGUUGUGGAGAUGACCACUGAGAUGUUCAAGGAUCCAAAGCGGCUGGUGGAGGACAUCUCCGCGCUGGGUUUGCGCCACGUCGGCUACGGCAUUCCCACCGAGUUCUUCGCCCCUUUCGUGUCUGCUGCAGUGGAUGCCGUGAAGACCAUGGAGGCUCAGGAGCUUGCGCAAGAUGCCUUUCGAUGGUCCCUGACCCUCGUGUCCAAGAUACUGGUCCGAACAAUCUUGGAAGGCUCUACGAUUGUCAUGAAGGCCAUCAACACCAACGACGCCAAGCAGUUGCGCAAGGCCAUCUCGGUCGCUCCCCGAGGAAAGCGCGCCCAGGAGCUGCUGAACAUCACGGUCGGCACAAAGUCCAUCUCGCCGCUGAUUUGGUCCAUCGAGAGCGGCAGCCUUGUCACCGCCAAGGCGAUGCUAGAGGAUUUGCUUGUGAUCCGGGCGGACCGUGACAACUAUUACUUCGGCUGUGACCACUUGUUUGAGCGCCAUCCGGAAAUCAUCCAGCGUUUAAGCUUCGAUGCUCCGCAGCUACUGCCCACGCUGCUGGAUGGUCUGAUCUGGCGUUCGCGGACAACCAUCAACGGCCAGAGAAGAGUGAACUACUACGUCAAGCACCUGAUACAAGAUGAGGAAGGUCACUUCAACCAAGCCCUGGCGUGGAUCGUCGAAGGACAUGAUCCGAAAAUCAUCUGCCACGACGUGGUGGUGCUCUUCUCGGAUCUGCUUUGGUCCGGCUUGGCCGGCCAGACCUUCUUGCUGGGCAGGUGCUACUUUCUCUUUACUCUCGCGGUCUUCAUCACGGGGCAGUCGAUUCUGCAGCAGCUGCGAGAGGACCCGGCGAAUCAGACUGAUGGAGAGCGGAUCGCCAUUUUCGCGUGCCGCAUCACCAUCUAUGUCUUCAGCAUGGGUGCCCUUCUAGUCAGCCAGAUCCGAUGCCUCAUUUCGGACAUCCGUUCCCGCAACCUGGUCAAACUGUUUGGCAUCAUACCGUUCCCGCAGUUUUUGACCAACACCAUGCAGAUCGGCAACCUGGCGCUCAUGCUGUGUCUGCUGGUGAUGUGCACGCAGGAGCCAAUUUUCCACUGCCUGGGCAGUGCCGAAGAGACCUUCAAGGACCUCCUCUUCCACCAGCACUGCCAAGCGGGCGAGCUGCGAAAGGAGACCUACGCAACUAUCUCCAUGGUCGCCAUGCUGCUGUACUGGGCACUGUUGCUGGACUUGACAAUUUUCUCAAUGCGAAUCUCUGCAUUCACGCUGGUUUGUGGCAGGGUGCUUAGUGAGCUGGGCCUUUUCUUGAGCUCCUUAGUCUUCUUGAUCGUCACCUUUGCCAGCUCGAUAGCUGCAUUGAACCAUAGCUGCGAAGACUUCAUCGACAUUCCCGUCGGUGCGCUCUCUUUGAUGGAGAUCUCCUUGGGAAUGUUCCCAAGCCAGAACUUCCAGGCCAUCCAAGAUGACAUCUCGGUGCUCUUGACGGUGAGCCUCUUCAUUAUCGUUGUCAUUGUUUUCCUCUUGAACCUCUUGGUGGCGCAGCUCAAUGGCGCAUAUGCCAGUGUCUACGACGACAUGGUGGGCUAUGCACGUCUGACGCGCGGCAGCAUCAUCGUCACCGCCCUGGAAGCGGUCUCGGCAAAGCGCUGGGAGCGGUUCCUCUCUUCGCUCGGCUUCGAGGAGCGCCUCGAAUUCAACGAGGGCGAUGUAGGUCUUGCUGGCGGCAUUCAAGUCACGGAACCUGCCAAUGAGCACCCGACUACAGUGGAGAACAUCCGCCGUUUCGGCGGCUCCACAUCGCCAGCCAUGCCCUGGCCCGAAGAGCUUCAUACCGAUGAGGCCGAGGACAAGCUAGAUCGGCUUGAGAAGGUCAUCCUCCGAGCCACCAAGAAGAUCACCAGCCGAAGCAAGAAGAAUGGAGCUGGGGGUUCUGGUGCGGGAAGCUCUUCCCUGAGCUCGAUGUCAGAUUCAAGCGCCGGCGGAGGCUCCUCGGAGUGA